AUGUUUAAGCAAAAAUCUUUAGAAUUAAGAGAUAUAAAUUAUAUUUAUGAGAAUUCAUUGGUAUGGGUAAAUAUAAAUUCAAUUAAAAAGAAAAAUAUACCGUUAUAUAGAGAAAUUUUUGACUAUUAUAAAAAUAAAAAUACAAUAUUUUGUUUUUUUAAAGGAAAAGUAAAAAAAUUCGUUUCUAAAAAUGAAGUAGAGAUUCAUAUAUAUAUAGACGAUGAUUAUAAUUCUUCAAAAAAUAAUAUAAAUUAUAGCAUAACAGAAAAUGUGAAAUAUUUAUUACCAAUGGAUACGAAUUUUGGUUGUAGUGAUAAUACUGAAUUAAUUUAUCUUAAUCCUCCUAAUUUAUUAGAAAACAUUUAUCAAAGAUAUAAUAAAGCUUACUUAAAUAAAGAAAAUAGAAAUUGCAUUUAUACAUACAUUGGAUAUAUAUUGUUGUCUAUAAAUCCUUACGAAAAUUUUGGAAUAUAUGAUGAAAAUUAUAUGAAUAGGAUAAAAGAAGAGAAUAAUUUAUUUGCUAUACCUCAUCCAUUUUCAAUAGCUAAUGAUGCUUACAAUUGCUUAAUUAAGGAAAAAAUAAGUCAAUCAAUAAUUAUAAGUGGAGAGAGUGGUGCUGGUAAAACAGAAUCAUCAAAACAAGUUUUAAAAUAUCUUACCUAUUUAAGUUUUUGUCAUAAAGAAAAAAAAAAAAAUAAAAAAAAUUUUAAUAAAAUAGAAAAUAAUAAUAUUAGUAAUAAUAAUGAUUUUAAUAAAUACAAUUUACAUAUUAAGAAUGAUGAAUGUGAUGAGUAUACUUUAAGUGAUAUAAACUAUGAUUAUAGUAAUGGCAUAGAUAAAAAAAAGGAAAAAUUGAAUAAAUUUAAUAAUCCAAAUAGUAACAAAAAUUCUUUGCAAAAAAGGAUACCUUCAUAUGAAGAAAAAAUACAGAACAGUAAUCCACUAUUAGAAUCCUUUGGAAAUGCUAAAACAAUAAAAAAUGAUAACAGUAGUAGAUUUGGUAAAUUAAUGAAACUGAAUUAUAAUGAAAAAGGAAUGCUAUGUUCUGCAUCUAUUGAAACAUAUUUACUGGCAAAAUCGAGAGUUGUUGAUGUUCCAUAUGGGGAAAGUAAUUAUCAUAUUUUUUAUUCAUUAUGUCAAAAUGAAAAAUUAAGAAGUGAAUUCAAUUUAUUACCAUGGUAUAAAUACAAUUAUUUAAAAGCAAAAAGUAAAAUAAAAAAAUUUGAAGAAGAAAGUGAAAAUGAAAAAGAAGAUGAAAUAGAAAAUGAAGAGGAAGAAGAGAAAGAUAAUAUGGAAAAUAAAAAAAAGAAAAAAACAAAAGAAAAAAUAAAAACAAAAAAUAUCGAAAAAGAAAAAGAAAAAAUAGAAAACCAAAAAAACAAAAAAAAUAAAAACAAAAGUAAGUUAAAUUAUGAAGAAUAUAUAAAUGAGAAUAAUAAAAAUUACAAAUGCCUAUAUGAUUUAGAUGUAAUUAUAAAAUGUUUCAAUAGUAUAGGGGUAUUUGAAAAUGAGCAAAAAGAAAUUUAUAAAACAUUAAUUUGCAUUUUGCUAUUAGGAAAUAUUGAUUUCAUUGAGAAUGAAAAUGAGGAAGGAACGUUAGAAAUAAAAAAUAUGGAAGUAUGCGAAAAUUUAAAUAAAUUAUUAGAAAUAAAAAAUGAAAAUUCUGAUAUAAAUAAGAUUGUAGAAAUAUUGACAAUAAAAAAAGUUAGAGAAACACAAAAAAACUAUACAUAUCAGCAAGCAAUUUACAAUCGUGACGUGAUAUCAAAAGCACUAUAUCAUUUGCUAUUUGAAUAUAUAAUCUCACGUGUAAACGAUUCAUUGAACACAAACGAAAACGAAGAAUACUUUGAAAAUAAUACUGAAUAUAAUUUUGAAAGUGAGGCAAAUAUAACAAAUGAUGAAGAUUUCAAUGAAGUCAAAAAAAAAAAUGAAAAUAAAAAAAAAAGAAAAAGAAAAUCAUAUAAAAACAAAAGAAAUAGUUCAAAUUAUGAGGAUAAUGAAGAAGAAAAUAGUAAUUUUAAUGAUAAAAAUUAUUUUAUAGGUAUACUAGAUAUAUAUGGAUUUGAAAAUUUUUCUCAAGAAGGAAUAAAUGGUUUUGAACAACUGUGUAUUAAUUAUGCAAAUGAAAUAUUACACUCUUUUUUUUUGAAGCAAAUAAUAUAUAAUGAACAAAAAAUUCAUUAUGAAGAAAACUUAUGCAUUGAAAAGCUGCAUUAUAAUGAUAAUAGUAAUGUUAUUUCAUUAAUAGGAGAUUCAAGAGAUGUUAGCAUAUAUAGAAUACUAGAAGAUUUAGCUUUGCUAAUAUCAUCAAAUAAAUCUGAUGAGAAAAAUAAAAAUGAUUUAUUUUUUGAAAAACUAAAUAAAAGCAUUAUUAAUUCAGCUAAAUAUAAAUGUAUAGUAAGAAAUUAUAAACUUUCAAAUAAUUCUUUUAUAAUUUCUCAUUAUGCGGGUGAUGUAUUAUAUGAUUCAAAUGAUUUUUUUAAUAAAAAUGUUGAUAUACUUACAAAUGAUAUUGAAAACUUUCUAUCCAGCUGUAAUUCAUUUAUUAGUGUAAAUUUAUUAAAGAGAAAAAAAUAUGAAAGUAAAAAAAUUAAAAUUAAAAAGGAAUCAAAAGCAAUAGAAUUAAAAAUUGAAGAAACAAAACUAAAUAAAAGAAAACUUUCUGUUAAAGAAAUGAUAUCUAAUCAUGAAAUUGAAUUAAAAAAUACUUAUUGUAAUAAUGCAAAUAAUGUUUAUAAAAAUAAAGUAAAAUCCAUAUUCUCCUACUUUAAAAAACAAUUAGAAAUGUUAACAAAUAAAUUAGAUAAAACAUCGUCUAAAUUCAUCAGGUGUAUUAAACCAAAUCAACAAAAGCAAGCAAGAUUUUUUAAUAAAAAUUUAGUUCUUAAUCAACUAGUUAUGAGCGGAAUGGUGGACAUUUUGAAUCUAAUGAAAAAUGGAUUUCCCUGUCGCGUUUUAUACGAUGAUGUUUGGAUAAAUUAUAGUCAUAUUUUACAAGAUGAAAUGAAAGAAUUUUUAACACCGAAAAUGUUUUGUGAAAUAGUAUUAAAGUUCUUAGAGAUUAAUACUAGUGAAUAUACCUUUGGAAAAACUAAAGUUUUUUUUCGUUUUGGGGUUUUAUCUAUUAUAAAUGAAAUUUUGAAUAAAAAUGAAGAAAAAAAAAAUAAAUUUAUAGAAUGUGUUUAUAAAUUCUGGUUGUAUAAAAGAAAAAGAAGGUUAUUAAAUUUUGUUUUAUAUGGUUGCAGACUUAAAAUAUUAUUUAAAAAACAAAGAGCAAAAAAACUAAUUGAAUCCGGCUUAAAUUUAUAUAAUAAUUAUUUAUUUAAGAAAAAACUACACAAUAUAGAAAAAGUUAUUUUAUAUUAUUUUAAUGUAUAUAAACAAAGAAUAUAUUUUUUAAAGUUAAGAAAUAGUUCGCUUAUUAUACAAAAAAAUUUUAGAAAAUACAUUUUAAGAAAAAAAUAUUUAUAUAUGAAAAGACAAAUUCUUUUUAUUCAAGAUUAUUAUUUAUUUCAAAAAUAUUUUAAAAAAAGGGUUAAUGCUUCUAAUAUUAUUAGGAAAAAUUGGAUAAUGUAUAUUACUAAAUCUGAUUAUAAAUAUGUUUUAAAAAAUAUAGUAAAAAUACAGAGAGCAUUUAAAAAAUACAUGAAAAAAAAAUAUAUUAAUUAUUGUCUAAAAAUUGCUAAUAUAGAUCAUCAAAAAAAAACUAAUAAUACACUUAUUAAAAAUGAAAUAAAAGAAGAAGAAAAAAAAAAAAAUUACUUCACUAGUUUAAGUAAGAAAUUUAACGAAAAUGAUCGUGUAGGAUCUUUUAUAUAUAUAGAAACAAAGAAACAUAGACAUUCUUUUGCUAUGGGAGAAAAAUUAAAUAAUUUUUCAAAGACUAAAAACAACUUUAAAAGAAGGAAAACAUGGGAUACAAGUGAAAGCGCUUUAAAAUAUAAAUAUGACACAAUUCAUACAUUUAAAUAUAAACAUCAAACUAAUAUUAAAAAUGAAAAUGAAGAUUUCAGGAAUUGUAUAACUAAUGAAAAAAAUACGUUAAAAGAAGAAAAUAGAAAUUCUUAUGUUGAAGAUAAGCCAUUUAUUAGUGUUGGUAAUAUAAUAAAGAGUGAAAAAAGUAAAAUAAAGGGACCUACCAAUUCAAUUUUUAACAAUAAAAAUGUCAAUAAAACAAAUAUAAAAAAUAAGUUUCGAUUCAGUAAUUUAAGCAUUUGUAGUGGCAAUAGUCACAGUCAUUUAAAGAACAGUAAUUGUAGAAAUGAUACAUUGAAAUUUCAUAAAACAAAUAAAAAUCAAAUGAAAAGAAAAACUUAUAAUCAUGCUAAUAUGAAAGUUGACUUUAUUUCAAGUUAUAAGAGAGAAAAAAAGAAAGUUUCCAAUUUUAUAAAAAAUACUAUAUAUGAUAGAUAUAUAGAUAAAUAUAAGCAAAAUCAUAUUGACAAACAAAAGGGGAAAAAGAAAAAAUCAAUGUAUAUAAAAAGUAAUUAUAGUAACAUCAGUAAUAUUUACAGUGUUUACAAACCUACAAAAACUGAAAAAUUAAAAGAACAAUACAAUUUUGAUCUAACAGACGAGCUUAUUAUACCUGAGGAUUUUUAUGUUUGCGAGUCAUACAUACCUGAACCAAAUAUUGAACAAGAAAAUAAUGAAAACUACUUAUUAUUAUGUAAUUAUUUAGAUAAUAAUUUGGAUUCUAAAAUACCGUUAAUAGAAUUAAAUGUUUUCAAGUGCUAG